UGUUUCUUUCGAUAAGCUGUGUGGUUAAACAAAAAAAAGAAAAAUUUGGAACCCCUCAACUUAAUUCUUAUCAUUUUGGUUCCCAAUGCAGUGUGCUAUGGAGCUUCAAUUGUCUUCCACUUUCCUCUCAUCCUCCACCUCCAGCCCCUAUUUGAUGAUAGUCCCCAAAGAACAUAUAAACCAACAAAAAGCACAAUUUUUGAGUAUUAAAUCAUCAAGUUUAAUUCCAGAAAGCACUUCGGGAGGCCUGCAAAAAAGUUCAAAGAAAGACCUGUCUCGUUUACUGAGAACAGAAGCUGCUAUUAUAGGUAUCGAGAGGAAAGCCAACUCUCAGAAAUACACUAACCUUUGGCCCAAAGCUGUUUUGGAGGCUCUCGAUGAUUCUAUUAAACAAAACCGUUGGGACUCUGCUCUUAAGAUUUUUGGCCUUCUUCGCAAGCAACAUUGGUAUGAGCCAAGAUGCCACACAUAUGCUAAGCUUUUGGUAAUGCUCGGCAAGUGCAAGCAGCCAAAUCAAGCUAGCUUGCUUUUUGAGAUCAUGCUAGCCGAUGGGCUUCAACCAACACUAGAUGUUUACACUGCACUUGUUAGUGCAUAUGGCCUUAGUGGCCUCCUUGAUGAGGCGCUGCACACCAUUGAUGAUAUGAAAUCAGUUAGUAAUUGCAAGCCCGAUGUGUAUACUUACUCAAUCCUUAUUAAGUGCUGCACUAAAUUUCGUCGUUUUGAUAUGAUUGAAUAUAUUUUAGCCGAGAUGGCAUAUUUGGGAAUUGAAUGUACUUCUGUGACUUACAAUACCUUAAUUGACGGCUAUGGUAAAGCUAAGCUGUUUGAGCUGAUGGAAAGCUCCUUGUCAGAUAUGAUCGAAAGUGAGACUGCCUCUCCAGAUGUUUUCACCUUGAAUUCAGUAAUUGGGUCCUAUGGUAGCUGUGGGAAACUUGAGAUAAUGGAGAAAUGGUUUGAAAAAUUUCAGGUAAUGGGAAUAAAGCCAGAUGUUAUGACAUUUAACAUUCUAAUCAAGUCAUAUGGAAGAGCUGGCAUGUAUCAGAAAAUGGAGUCUGUACUUGAUUUUAUGAGGAACCGGUUCUAUUCCCCAACAGUUGUGACAUACAAUAUUAUCAUUGAGAUAUUUGGGAAGGCUGGACUUAUUAUGAACAUGGAAGAGUUUUUCCUACAGAUGAAGCACCAAGGAGUGAAGCCAACCUCAUUCACUUAUUGCUCUCUUGUCAGUGCUUAUGGUAGAGCUGGACUUCUCGAAAGAGUUGAUUCAAUCAUGAGGCAAGUAGAGAAUUCGGACGUAGUUCUGGAUACUCCUUUUUUCAAUUGCAUCAUUAGUGCUUAUGGUCAAGCUGGUGAUAUAGAGAGGAUGGUGGCAUUAUUCUUGGAAAUGAAGGUCAGAAAAUGUAAACCAGACUACAUCACAUUUUCUACUAUGAUCCAGGCCUACAAUUCACAAGGAAUGAUCGAAGCUGCCAAUGACUUGAAGAGUAAAAUGAUUACUGCUUGUGGUACUUUGGCUACUCAUACUAUCCAGUCUCUGUUUUUCCUUAUGCAUAUCAUUUUUGCUUCAUUGUAUGAAUCCUCACAGACUUACAGUUAGUAGCAUAAAACCGAGCUAUUUAAGUUAGCUCCAACACAUUUCUGGCUAAAUGUAGAUGAUAAUGAAAAAGGUUGUCGUAUUCUCUAAUAAAUCAGCUUUUAUUUUUCUCUGUUGUGUGUACUAAGUUAUUCUUUCAAUUGACUGCUUGAUAUCUGACACUUUGUUGUUACAUUUUCUUAGAAUCAAAUGAAAUGAUCAGAAGCUAGUACUAUUAUUCUGUCACUGGAGGAAAACUUUCACGUGGAAUUCUGUUCAUCAAUGUUGUGUAAGUGCACAGAGUGUUAUCUGCAUGUGAGCCUGUAAGUGUUUGUGUUCUCUUGUUCAUUGUCUCUGCACUUUUGUUUCUGGGAACUCAUCUAUACUCAUUAAAUGGCCUAAAGUUGAAAGGCUUUUAAGCAGUCAAAGUGGUGAGCCAAAGUUGAAGGGCUUUCAUGCACUCAAAGCUCAUGCUUUUGGUUUGUAAGACUGAAGAUUAAUCUAUUUUUAUUAAAUAGAAAUCAAGUUUUUCUUAAACCCAAAAAAGAAAAGGAAAGAAAAGAGAAAGAAGAGAGAGAAGCAGUGAUAAGUUGCUCGGACUCGGGUGCGGGUAUCCGAUACGGGGACGGAGCACCCUAUCUUUAGAGUCCGGUAGGUCAAUUAAGUUGAAAGGAUUUUCAGUCCUUUGCUCUAACCAGCUGAGCUACCUGAACCAACCGAGUAUCGGAUUCGGCAAAAUCUAAAUUUUAAGAUUCGGGGGUGCGGAUCCUGAUUACCUGAUAUAGAUACGGGUGCGGGAAUUCGGCUAAGAAAAUUCAAAAUAAUAAAAAAUAGAGCUAUAAAAAUAUUGUAAAUUUUGAGAGAUAUUAUGUGAAAAACUUACAUGAAUAUUGUAGAAUUCUAUCUUUCAUUCUCCAAAAAUAUGAGACAAAAAUACUACAAUAUUGAAGGUAUGCCAUUUUCCAUAACUUAAAUCUGUUUUAUUUUUUAUUUUCAGAAAUCAAAAUCUCAAUUUUUCUCCCAAAUUUGUCGAUGGACUCCGGUCAAAGUGUCCGAAGUCAGUUGACCGAAUCCGGGACGUAUCCCGCCCCCGACCCCGUCUCGUAUCGGGACAGGGACGACACCAAAAUCGAAGAGUCCGCGCAACUUAGGCUACGAUUGAUGCCCUGGCAGAGAUGCUUUAUUAGCUAUUACCUCCAUUCCAAAUUAUCUGUCGUGGUUUCUAAAAAUAGUUGUCUCAAAUUAUUUGUCAUUUUAGAAGUUCAAGAGUAAAUUAAUUAUUUUUUUCCUAUUCUACCCUUAAUAUUAAUUGUUCUUGAAGACUACAAAUACCUUAAUUAUGAGUAAGAUAAAUGAAAAUAGAUUAUAUCUUAAGGCAUAAAUAAGGGUAAAAUAGUCAAAAACCUUUCCUAUUUAAUAUUUUCUUAAGGGGCAUGUAAAAGAGAAACAUGAGAUAUAAUUUGAGACGGAGGGAGUAUUUAUUAAAAUACAUGCAUUUACUGGGAAACAACUUUAAUAUUCUCAAAAUAGAUUCAUUUCAAUUAUCACCUACAUGCCUAUUAUGAAUAAAUUGGUGGAACAGAUCCACUCAAAGAUGUAUUUCCUCUCUUUUUGUUUUUUGAUGUGAAAUAUUGUCGCUCUUGUAAAUUCUGUUAUAUUUACAUAUCUAUAUAUUUACUUAUUGAGAAAAUACAUAUCAUCUCUAUAUGUGUUUUGAGUAUACUUCAUCGUAACACUGUUGAUCUAUUUGUGUAGAAGGAUGGUAUAAUAAUUUUUAAAUCAGAUGGCAUUGAUCCAAGGAAAGAACAUAGACAUAGUGAGUCCAUUUGCAGCAGUCAAACUUCUCUUCACAUGUUUCUGUUAAUUUUAAAGGCCUUAACUCACAACUAGACAGGAUUGAAGUUUUAAUGGUGGAGAGGGAGGACAUGAUCAAGGGACGGCAAUUUAAGGUUCUAGAGCUCUUGCUGGGCAGCCACUUUGGUGUAACUUCUCUGUAUAGCUUUAUGGUUUGUCUGCCUGUGUAUGAGAGAAGAGAGAAGAUAGGUUCUUGUUAUCUGGGAUCUGACUCACAGCCAUUCUCGAGGGUAGGUUCGGAGCAGGUCAGUGAUGUAACAGGGCUUUCAAAAGGGCAAACCAAUGCACACUGUGGAGCAUUAUUAAGGCAGACGCUGAUUCUUCCUUCUGAAUUGGGUCUUUUUACCUCUUACUGGCCGCAAGUCCUGAGUAGCAGAGAUAUGGAGCAUUAAAAUGUAAGGCAAUUUACCAGCCCUUUGCUUGUAACCUGUUAUUGGACAUAUAAUUACAAUUCAUGUUUAACAUAUCUCUAAAUAAUUCAAAUGGAUUCAGCAGAAGUUUAAGAGAAAAAAAAAACAAAAUUUUCCAUUAGAAACUGUUGAGUUACUGUCAGUGCUUCUGCCUUGUAAUUGCUACUUUUGCUCUUAGAGGGAUAUUAUCUCAGCUGAUCCUUGUGGAUACGCCAAUAGAUUCAUUCGUACAA